GAAGCCCUUAUGGAGGUUUAAAGGCAGAUUUGAGAAACAGUGACUCCAUUUACACCAUUCAGCGUUUAAUAUUUGGUAGGAUAGAGCGUUUCGUUGUCGCGGUGAAAACGUCAAGUACGCUACGAUCAAGUUCCAAGUCAUAGAUGGUUGAUAAGGACGAAGUUUCAGCUACCCAGGAUAUAGAAACGCACCAUGACAGCAAACAAAAGAAGAAACGCACUAAAUUAAUAGAUUUGACACUUAAAGAACUUCCUCAAAAUGCUUCAAGCGAUGUCAAGUUUGAAUAUAUAUGUCAGAAAUACUAUGAACUUUAUCAAAAUCAGAAGGAAAACUCUUCAAAAAACAAACAGUUUGAGCAGAGUAUACAACAGGUGCGUGUUGAACGUGAUCAACUCCAGAAUGAACGUAAUCGUCUAAUUCUACAAAAGGAUAAACUUGAAACUUUAUGCCGUGAAUUACAAAAACAAAAUAAAAUCAUUCAGGAAGAGAGCUUGUCACGUGCACGUAUUGAAGAUGAAAAACGUCGAGAAGUUUCAGAUCAUUUUCAAACGAGUAUAACAAGUAUCCAAAAUCAAUUAUGUGAAUAUCAGUCGAAAAAUGUGGAAUUACGCAAGGAGAAUCAAGAAUUAGCUGAUAAAUUGGGUGAAUUUAUUAAACAGCAUGAGAAACGUGAAGAACAUGUAGAUAAACUUAUUGAAACACGUAGUUUAGAAUUGAAAUUAUCUGAAGCAAAAUUAAACAAAGCACACUGUUUACUGGAUCAGGAAAAAGCGAAAAGUCAACAGAAAAUUCUUGCAUUAGAAGAGGAAGUGAAAUAUUUGAAGAAUCGUUUAGAAAUUCAAAAAACCAUCGAAGACAAAUUAAAAGAACAGAUUGUAUUCUAUAAAGAGAAAUAUCAAUCAUUCAAUAAAACAAUGUCAGAUAGUCGGAAAAUGUUUGAUACUGCUAAAGAGGAAAUGGAGAAGCUUGGUAAACGUAUUCAAUUAAGUGAGAGUGAAGCCGUUGCAUGGCAAGGUAAAUGGGAAGUUAGUCAACGUAGUUUGUUGGAAUUAGCUGAACAGCAUAAAAAAGAAAUGUCAGAAUCAUUGAAUGCCAAGAAACAAGUAGAAAAACUUGGUGGAUUAUGUAGAGCUUUAAAAGAUCAAUUGAAUGAAUUAAGAAAACAACAACAAUACCAGAAAGAAUCACAAAAAUUGGAAGAUAAACAAAAUGAACAAGAACUGACCUCUGCUGUCUCUCCCACUACUUGUUGUCGUGAUCAUCCGGGUGAUGAUCAUCAUCUUCAUGAGGCAGAAAAGACAAAGGGAAAAACUGUUGAAAAUUCAAUGGAAGAUUCCAAUUUAAUUCAUCAAAAUAAUCAUGAUAAUACUAAUCUAAAUUGUAGUACAAUAAAUCAAUCAGAUUUUCAUGGUAAUAAUACACAUAAAAUGGAUGGAAAUGUUGAACUAUCUACAGCAACAAUGACGAAAAUUGGAAAGAAUAGUUCCACACAGAAUGAAUCCAGUUGUUCCUCAAAUUCAUUAAUUCACUGUACAGAUAGUAUGAAUAAAUUAAAAUUAGAUUAUAAUAUUACUGAAGAUGCGACAUCAUCAUGGAAUUCUGAAAAUCCAAUCACUGAAUAAUGAUAAAUACAAUACACUGGGUGAGGGAAAACGAAUAAGUCGUCUUACCUAUUAUUCGGCGAAGUCAAUUGUUUGGAUAAAGAAAUCAAAUCACAACAAAAACGAAGUGUUGAUUUUCCCUCAUACCUAUGUGUGUGUGCGCGGACGCUUUCAAAAUUACCCCCCCACACACACACAAAUAAACAAAUAAAUGCAGCUGUAGUUUUUUUUCCCAUUUGUAACUUAUCCAACAUCUUUGCUUGUAUUCCCUUACCCUUAAUGCAUUUCAAUUACUUCUUGUAUUCCCAUUUACUUGUUUAUCAACUAGUUCAUUUCACACACUAUCCAGAAUGAAAUGUCUUCCAUAUAUUAUUGAUAAGUAGGUUUUGUAUACUCUGACUGGGAACACUUUAAAAAUCGAUCCUCUUUUUUUUAAUUUUAAAAUCCCUGGUUACUUCAACUUUAACCGAUUACUUUUGUUUACUUUAAAUACAUUUUAAUUUUCAGUCACUUUUAUUUCACAUAAAAUAGUUUCUAUGAUACAUAUAGCAACAAGAAGAAAUCAUAAUACAAUAAUAAUAACAUUGUUUAGGUUUCUUUUCAAUCUCUUAUUCAUUCCUAUCUUGUUUACUUCUCAAUCAUCUCUGUGUUUACUACUUAUUUAAUUAAUGUGCCUUAUAAGUAGUAGAUGUAACACCAGUAACAUUAGUAUACAUUACACUGUUGUUAUUAUCUGUUGUAGUAACAAUAAUGAUGUAAUCGACAACAUAUCCUUAGAUUGUUUGUCUCUUUUUCAAAGAUAAUAUUUAACACUAUUAUUACUGUUAUUAUUAGUAUUCUAUAUAAAUGCUGUGUGCAAGAACUUUGAUUAGUUUGUUGUGUUUUAUACUGACUACUAUACAUAAAUAUAUGCCUAUCCACCCGUUACCAAUCUUCCAGGACAUAUGCACGCACACAUACGCAUUCCAGCUUAUUUAGCAUUUUAUUCAUAGAAGGCUAUAAGUGAAGUGUUUGUGUGUACGUGUUGGUUGUUGGUAAAACUUCUUUAAAACAAAGUUAUCCAUUCAUCUCAGUGAUGAUACAUUUUGCUUGUAUUUACUAUUGUUAUGGUAAAUAAUAUACAUUUUUACC